AUGCAUCUACCGUUCCUCCUCCCCGUCCUCUUCACUUGCACGGCCCUCACAUCCGCAGCAGCAGUGGCAGCAGCGGCGAAACCGACCGUGUACCUGAUCCGCCAUGGCGAGAAGCCAGAGGAAGGUACGGGGCUCAGCGCGGAGGGCGUCCAGCGCGCGCAGUGUCUGAGGAAGGUAUUUGGUAAGGAGUCGAAGUAUGAUAUUGGGCAUGUUAUGGCGCAGCAGUAUAAGCCUGACGGCAAACGCAAGCGCGCAUACGACACCGUCCUCCCCGUCGCCACAGACCUCAACCUCCCCGUCGACCUCUCCUGCGACCGCGACGACCCCAAGUGCGUCCGCAAGGUCGUCGAGAAGUACGAUGGCUCCGGGAACAUCCUGAUCGCGUGGGAGCACGACGCGCUGAGGGACAUUGUGAUCGAGAUGGGGGUGAAGAAGAAGAAUGCGCCGAAGUAUCCGGACGACAGGUUCGAUCUGAUUUGGACGUUGGCACAGCCGUAUGAGGAGGUUGUUAUUGGGGAGGAGGAGUGUGAGGGGUUGGAUAGGAGGGAUGAGAAGAGGGAGAGGAGGUUUUAG